UCUUGUGAUGCUUUGUUCAGGUUUGGUCCAAUGUGUUUACAGAUAUAGAUAAAGGAAAGUGAGAUUGUUGAUAUUUCCAGAUGGCAUGGACUGAGAAAUAUAUUGGAAAUGGGAGAGAGCAGGAACCUAUUGGAGAUAAUGAUUUCUUGAAAGGGUCACAGCCUUCACUUAGUGCAAGAGGCUCUCCUGUUGGUAUAGCUGCAGCGCGGAAGGGGUUUGAAGGGAAGGACGCUUUCUCAUAUGCCAACAUUCUUCGUUCCAGAAACAAAUUUGUUGAUGCUCUUGCUAUUUAUGAGAGUUUCUUGGAGAAAGAUAGUGGAAAUGUUGAAGCUCACAUUGGAAAGUGCAUAUGCCUGCAGAUGCAGAACAUGGGAACGCUUGCUUUUGAUAGUUUUGCUGAAGCUGUCAGGCUGGAUCCACAGAAUGCAUGUGCCCUCAUGCAUUGCAGUAUGUUGUACAAAGAUGAGGGUCAACUGGUAGAGGCGGCUGAGGAGGGAAUACAAAAGUAUUACGAAGCUCUUAAAAUAGAUCCCCAUAAUGCGCCAGCAUAUUAUAACCUUGGUGUCGUGUAUUCCGAAAUGAUGCAAUAUGACGCUGCCCUUAAUUACUUUGAGAAGGCUGCAUUCGAACGGCCCAUGUGUCUAGCUGUGUCACCAAACUUUGAGAUUGCAAAGAAUAAUAUGGCGAUUGCUUUGACAUAUUUAGGAACAAAGGCAAUAUUGGAGGAAGACAUCAAUCAAGGCAUUGCAUAUUACAAAAAGGCUUUGUAUUACAAUUGGCACUAUGCUGAUGCCAUGUACAAUCUUGGUGUUGCAUAUGGUGAAAUGAUGAAGUUUGAUAUGGCAAUUGUGUUUUAUGAACUUGCUUUCCACUUCAAUACCCACGGUGCCGAGGCUUGGAACAAUUUAGGAGUGAUAUACAAAGACCAAGACAACCUUGAUAAAGCCGUGGAGUGUCAUCAGAUAAUUCAUGAUACUACCAGUAAGGCUUUAUCAAUCAAACCAAACUUCUCUCAGCCUUUGAACAACCUUGGUGUAGGCCACAUGGUCCAGGGUAAAAUGGAUGCUGCAGCAAGCAUAAAUGCUGGAAAUAUAACUAUGGCUGUUAAUGCUUAUAAGCGACGUCUUGAGAUAGAUCCUGACUCUCGCAAUGCAGGCCAGUUACUAUUAAAUAACAGUUCAACGUUUAUAUGGAUAGUACUUUAUCUGUCAAGAACAAUGUGA